AGACGAAAGUAAUCGAUCCCAGCUCGUCGGCGGGCUAGAGCAAUGUUUUCACGAGCUGAGCUAGUUUCUCUGCCAUGGCGCCCGUAGUGUCGCUGGUUAAGGUGGGGACUUCGUAGCAUCUUGUUUUGAUUCGCUUCAGGAGCGAGUGCAGCUUGUGUUUCGCUGCUCCUAGUUGGACCUGACUCACAUUUACCCCCGAACCGGCCAUGACCGUGGAGCAGAAUGUCCUCCAGCAGCAUUCUCAGAAGCAUCAGCAGACGUUAUUAAACCAGCUGAAAGAGGUCACGGGUACCACGGACAUCCAGCUGCUCCAGCAGGCCCUCCAGGUGAGUAACGGAGACCUGGCAGAGGCCGUUGCCUUUCUGACAGAGAAGAAUGCCAAGGCUCCUCAGCAGGAUGAGACUACCUACUACCAAACAUCUCAGGUGCCCAGCGACAGAUAUAUCAGUGUUGGCAGCCAGGCGGAUACAAAUGUGAUUGAUCUGACAGGAGAUGAUAAAGAUGACCUGCAAAGGGCUAUUGCCCUCAGCCUGGAGGAGUCCAGCCGGGCUUUCAGGGAGACGGGCAUCACUGAUGAGGAGCAGGCAAUCAGCAGGGUUUUGGAGGCCAGCAUAGCAGAGAACAAAGCUAGUCUAAAACGUACUCACACCGAGGUGUGGAGCGACUCACCCAACCCUCACGACAGGAAGAGGAUAGACGGCUGCCCGGUGGGGCUGAAGAACGUUGGUAAUACCUGCUGGUUCAGCGCCGUCAUCCAGUCCUUAUUCCACCUUCUGGAGUUCCAGAGGCUGGUUCUGAACUACUCUCCACCCGCCAGAGUCCUUGAUCUUCCCCGCAACCAGAAGGAGCACAGGAACCUGCCCUUCAUGCAGGAACUGAGGAACCUGUUCUCUCUCAUGGUGGGAUCCAAGAGGAAGUAUGUGGAUCCAUCACGGGCUGUGGAAAUCCUCAAAGAUGCUUUCAAGUCCAGUGAAUCACAGCAGCAAGAUGUGAGCGAGUUCACCCACAAGCUGCUGGACUGGUUGGAGGAUGCCUUCCAGAUGAAGGCUGAAGAAGACAGUGUGGGAGAGAAGCCCAAAAACCCCAUGGUGGAACUUUUCUAUGGCCGCUUCCUUGCUGUUGGAAUAUUAGAAGGUAAGAAGUUUGAGAACACGGAGAUGUUUGGACAGUACCCCCUGCAGGUGAAUGGCUUUAAAGACCUCCACGAAUGUCUGGAGGCUGCCAUGAUCGAGGGCGAGAUAGAGUCUCUGCACUCAGCUGAGAACUCUGCCAGAUCUGGUCAAGAGCACUGGUUUACCGAACUCCCACCUGUGCUGACCUUUGAACUGUCGAGAUUUGAGUUCAAUCAGGCCCUCGGGCGACCCGAGAAGAUCCACAGCAAGCUGGAGUUUUCGUCUGUGCUCUACAUGGACAGGUACAUGGACCGAAACAGGGAAAUAACUAGAAUCAAGAGGGAGGAGAUCAGAAGGCUGAAGGAGCAUCUGACGCUGCUUCAGCAGCGACUGGAGAGGUAUCUGAGUUAUGGUUCCGGCCCCAAGAGAUUUCCUCUGGCGGACGUCCUCCAGUACGCUAUGGAGUUUGCCUCCAGUAAACCUGUGUGCACAUCCCCGGUGGAAGACAUAGACACAUCAGCACCCCCUGGUGGCACAACUGGACAGCAGUUACCAUCGCCAAGCACAGCCGAGCAGGACGCCCUACCUCCUGCAGAGAGCUUGGGCCCCACCUCAGCUCCCUCCACCGCUCCUUCUGUAGCUCAGCAGCAGAGAGUUCCUGUUCAUAAGCCCUUCACCCACUCCCGGCUACGCCCUGACCUGCCCAUGCACCCUGCCCCACGCCACAUCACUGAAGAAGAGCUGAGGGUGCUCGAGGGCUGCUUGCAUCGCUGGAGGAGCGAGGUGGAGAACGACACCUGUGACCUGCAGGGCAGCAUAAGCAGAAUCCACAGAUCCAUAGACCUGAUGUACUCCGACAAAUCCAUGAUGCAGGUUCCAUACCGGCUUCAUGCAGUGCUGGUCCACGAAGGCCAGGCCAACGCGGGUCACUACUGGGCGUACAUCUACGAUCCUCAUCAGUGUUGCUGGAUGAAGUACAAUGACAUCUCCGUCACCAAGUCGUCCUGGGAGGAGCUAGUCAGGGACUCGUUUGGAGGCUACCGCAAUGCCAGUGCCUACUGUCUGAUGUACAUCAACGACAAGAAGCCAUUCCUCAUCGAAGAGGAGUUCGAUAAAGAAACAGGCCAGAUUCUCAGUGGCAUGGACAAACUGCCCCCAGACCUGAAGCGGUAUGUGAUUGAGGACAACGAGUUGUUUGACAAGGAGGUAGAGGAGUGGGACGCCAUGCAGGCCCGCAAAGCCCAGCAGGAGAAGUUAGACCUGGCCUCAGCAGCUGCUGCUUCCACCGCAGCGUCCAGCACUUCCACGUCAUCAUCUUCUCCGCAGCCAAUGAGCAUCGAGUCCAGUCCUCCAGACAAUGCGGCUCCUCAGCAGGACCCAGAGUACAUGGAGCAGCCGUCACCCACAAACGACUUCAAGCACCUGCAGGAGGACACGGAGAGGGCCAUCUCCAGAGCUGUUGCUGCUGCUGCUGCUGCUGAGCAGGACCGGAGCCCUGAAGCCUUAUUAAACACUCCUGAGGUCCAGAUGAGCCCUUCCCCUGCCCCACCCUCUGAUCAGCCCACAGAGGAGGAGUCCCUCGGGCAGCGCACCGUAGAGGUGGCCAUUCCUAAUGUGGGCACCUUUGUCAUUGAGACAGAGGAGGGGGGGUACGAUGACGAGACAAUGAUGACCCCCAACAUGCAAGGUAUAAUUAUGGCCAUUGGCAAAUCCAGCAGCGUAUAUGAAAAGAAUGGACCUGAGGCGGCCUUUUUCAAGGCCAUCAAGUUGGAGUAUGCUCGUCUUGUGAGAUUUGCCCAGGAAGACACGCCCCCAGAGAUCGACUACCGGUUACAGCACAUCAUCGUCUAUUUCAUCCAAAACGAGGCACCUAAAAAGAUCCUGGAGAGAACGCUGCUCACACAGUUUGCUGACAGGAACCUGGCCUUUGAUGAGAGAUGUAAGAGCAUCAUGAAAGUGGCACGUGCUAAACUGGACCUGAUUACGCCUGAAGAGGUCAACAUGGAUGCAUAUGAGAUGUGGCAUCAGGACUACAGGAACUUCCGUGAGACCACCAUCUUCAUGGUGACCGGGUUGGAGCUCUUCCAGAAGUCAAACUACGUGGAGGCCCUGGUGUAUCUGAUUUACUCACACCAGUACAACAAGGAGCUGCUGUUAAAAGGGCCGUACCGAGGCCACGACGAGGACCUGCUCACUUAUUACCGUCGAGAGUGUCUGCUGAAACUAAAUGAACAAGCAGCUGCCAUGUUUGAGUCAGGAGAGGAACCAGAGGUGACCUCGGGUCUCAGCAUAAUGAACGAGCUGGUGGUGCCGUGCAUCCCUCUGCUACUGGCUCAGGACACGGAGAAGGACCUGCUGGCUGUGGAGGACAUGAGGAACCGAUGGUGCUCCUACCUGGGCCAAGAGAUGGAAGCAAAUCUGCAGGAAAAGCUGACAGACUUCCUCCCCAAGCUACUGGACUGCUCCACGGAGAUCAAAAGCUUCCACGACCCCCCCAACCUGCCCAGCUACUCCACUCUGGAGCUGUGUGAGCGAUUCAGUCGCAUCAUGUCCGCCCUUGGCCGGGUGUCCAGCAGCGGAAGAUGAGCUGGGACGAGGCUCCGCCCCCUCCUCACAAGCCUGAUCCUGGGCAGAAACACCUUGACCUCUAACCCUCGCCUUCCUUAUCAGCCCAGGGCCACUCUUUGCUACUAUAGUUUUAUCAUUAAGGUUAUUAUUAAUUUUCCUCUGAAGCAGGACACAGUAGAGGACUGUUGAGAGGUUAAAAGUCACAUGCCUGAAUGGUGGCAGAUGUGCUGUGAGCUUCAGCUGUGCAACAAACACAUUUAGAGUUUUCAUAGUUAACUGUUGCUGUUUGAUUUAAGCUUCCCUGCCUUGCACAUAGCCCCACCCACCCCCGUUCUGUGGAACAGAUCGUCCCCGUUCUCUGCCACCAGUUUGGUACAGUAUUACCAUGUUUUAUUUUUCUAAGAAUGAAAGGAAGAGAGCCUUGAGACCUAUGCGUGGCUCCAAGGGUCUCUGAUGGGUCUCGUGUCGUUGUGAACUGUGCCAGAAUGAGAUGUUUUAAGUGCUGUGGUAGACGGUCACGGACUUCCUGUGGCUUGUUAAUAAAUCGAGAGAAUAAAAUUUUAUUUAUGGCCCUUUUAGGCCAAUUA